UGCCUCGGUACUCGUUUCAGGAUCCUUACGAAUCAACUCCAUGUCGCGAGAUUUUACUCCGGCACCACUGCCGUACAAGACGCGCAAGCUCUCGAGUUCAAGUCUGGGUUCAUCCCUUCGGUGAUACUGCAGAACUCUCCGGUUGUGAUAGGCCUAUGACCCACACCGCUGAUGGAACCCACAUCGUCUACUCGUAUAUAUAAGCCCUACUAAGCGGCUCCUUCGUCAUCGUCGUAUCGACUCGUACCGGUACCAUGCCGUCUUUAUCUGAAGCCCGAGCUUACAACGCCUCUGUCUUGUCGAAGGUUCCGACCGUUCCAGUUGCACUGUUUGUCGGGGGAACUAGCGGAAUUGGCCAAGGUACGGCAGAGGCAUUCGCGAGGUAUACGAACGGAAAUGCCCAUAUCAUAAUAUGCGGUAGGAACCGCGAAGCCGCGGAACGUAUCAUCGCGUCGUUUCCCAAGCCGACGGCUGCGGGAGCCAAGCACGAGUUCGUCCAGUGCGACGUGUCGUUGAUGCGCAACGUCCGCGCCGUCACAGCCGACUUGAUCUCCCGUCUCCCGAAGCUCAACUACCUGGUGCUCAGCACAGCAUUCGUGGAUUAUAAAGGCUAUCAGCCGACUGAAGAAGGGUUGGACAAGAAACGUGCUGUCGCGUACUUUUCUCGUUGGCGGUUUACCCUCGACCUACUCCCGUUGCUACGCCAAGCCCAGGACACGGGGGAAGCUGCGAAGGUCCUCUUCGUCUAUGGCGCCGGUCAGCCAGGCCGGAAGAUCGAAUCCGAUGAUGACAUCGACCCGGUAAAAGCAUACAAGCGCGGGAUGGGUUAUGUGCGCACGAUGGGCCUGACCUUCAUGGACACCAGCUUGGAAGCCUUCGUGGCCGAGAACCCCUGGCUGACGACCAUUCACACCUGGCCAGGCGCCGUGCAUACGCCUAUCCUCCCCCAGAUUUUCCCUUGGCUGCCCAGCACCAUCGUCAGCUUCAUCUCCUGGCUGUUGGCACGAUCGCCGAAAGACUCGGGCGAAUUCAUGCUCUACGCGCUGCUGAAAGCCGAAGGUGCCGGACAGGUCUUGCGAUUCGGCGAGACUGGGGAGCCUGUACAGCGCCCUGACUACAUUACUACCGAGGGCCAGGAGCGGCUGUGGAAGUAUACGCUCGAGGCGAUCUCAGUUCGAUGAUGUGGGUCAUUGGGGGAUCCAUGGGUAUAUGCUUGUGUCGCGGGCACCGUUGGCCGAUGUAUUUUCUUUUUUGCUCAGCCAUCAUGUACCGUGGCUUUGAUUUGGCUUAAACGACAGACUUGCGG